AUGGAGAACUCUCCUACCCACGACAAGAAAUCCAGGUUGCGGCAAUUCAUGAAAUCCACGUCAAGAAAUCUAAGUUGUGGUUUGCUCAAAAGCUGUAAAUACAAAGCUUUCAUUUCUUGCCUGAUUGGCUUAUAUACCUGCCAGUGGCAAGACCAGAACCGCAAAAGGAUUAAACCAGGACUCUGGUGUUGCAAUCAGGGAGAAUGCAUGUAUUUUUCCCUAUUGGUUCUGGCAUUUAGCUUUUCCUUUGUCUUCCUGUAUAUGUGGGGAGAAGCCAGGAAUGACUACAACAGCUUCGAUUGGUACAGCUUCAUAAAUCUGGGCUACUGGUUUCACUGGUCGACUUUCCUGCUGUUUCUGGCGGUCUUCGUCUUCUCCUACCUCUUCUUCUUAAUCUUUAUAGCAGUUUUACUACUGUGUGAAAGCCAAGAGUUGGAACUACACUGGUGUCAUAAGCGCGUGGCCAUCUUCACCCUCUUCCUCUCCGUCACGGGUUUAAUGCUCAUCACAAUGUUUUGGGAACGUCAGUGGCAUACGUUCUACUUGUCGUUUCAGGUGACAGCUCCUUUCCUUCACGUGGUUGCCAUAUUCACCAUGGUGCUCUUAGCUUGGCCGGUGGCUCUGCAUUUCUUCCGGGUACGUGAUAAAGUCCUACAGACGUUGAUCCUUAUUCCUUACCUGGUCGUCCUCAUCUACCUCAUCUUGGUUCCCCUGGGCAUGUACUCCCCCUGCAUCCGGGAGAAGGGGACUCUGGGUCCCAAGCCAGCCCUGAUUGGCCACAGAGGCGCCCCCAUGCUGGCUCCUGAGAAUACAGCGAUGUCGUUUGCCAAAAGCAUUGCUCACGGCGCUAUGGGUAUGGAGACCGAUGUUACCAUUAGCUACGACGGCGUCCCCUUCCUUAUGCACGACCACUCCUUGAAAAGGACAACCGACAUUGACAGUUUCUUUCCUCAUUUGAGGGGCGAAGACCCUGCUUACUUCACCUGGGAUAUGUUGGAGAAGCUCAAUGCCGGGAAGUGGUUUUUAAAGAACAAACCCUUCUACCACAUGCCUCCUUUUUCUGCCCAAGACGAAGAGCUGGCCAGGAACCAGACCAUCUGCAAGCUGAGUGAAUUUCUGAGCCUGGCGGACAAGGCCAACAAAUUGGUCCUCUUUGACCUCUACCGCCCUCCCAGGUUUCACCCGUACAGGAACAGCUGGAUUACUCGGACGCUCGAAGUGCUCCAGAAAGAAUCAAAGAUUAAACCCCAUUUGGUUCUCUGGUUGGACAAUCGGCUUCGGCGAUACGUUCAGCAAAAGGCUCCAGAAUUCCAACAUGUCUCAUCUUCCGCCCAAACCGUUGAAUACCUCCAAAGCUGGAAUAUUAGAAAACUCAAUCUGGACUACCGAAAAUUGGCUACAGUCGAUAUUCGGAAAUAUGCCAAAGCCAACAUCACCACCAACCUCUGGGUGGUCAGCGAGCCAUGGCUUUACUCCUUGGCCUGGUGCUACGGAGCUGAAUCGGUAACCACCGACGCUGUGCAGGUUCUGGGCAACGUGAGCCAACCGUUCUUCUUCUUGACGCCGCAGAGAUAUACAGCCAUCUGGGUCACCACGGACAGCCUGGCCCUCUUCUUCAUACCUCUCGUCUUCCUCGCCCACUGGUAA